AUUGGACAAAAGUCCCACCCUUUGCAAAAAUAUUUGGGUAUAUAGUGGCAGUGUUUUUCAACCGAUCUUGCUCAUUUAUGUGUAUCUCAGUCGCUCAAGGCUACACACCAAGUUUGGUCAGAAUCCAAAAGGUUCUAAAACUUUGAUCCCAUGCUGUGAUCCUGAUCUUUGAUGGAUUAAAAAAAUAAAUCAAUGGCACAAGCCCCAACCAACUUGCCAUGGUUAAUCCAAAUUUGAUUAAAACUGCAAUGACAAACAGACAGACGCCACCGAUUACAAUACACCCGUCUGCUCCUGCGUAGCAUGGGUGUGUCUUUUCUCCACCCAAGGCAAUGACUAAUUUAAUUACCUUAUUCUGAAGUAGACACUUGAACUUGAUCAUCACAUCAAAAUGUUACGUGAAUUAAUGUGAAGCAAAUGUCCAAGAUUUACAGGAAUAAUAGCAUUUAACGCUGACACAAAAAAACGACAACUUUCUUCUGCAAUUACAUGGUUAGAAGGGAUGUUGUCAGUCAGGGUUUCUAUUGAAAUGCAAAUCAAUGUUUUGACUAAAGACUUGGACACACAAUAGCAAUCACAACCAAAGGCUGUGGUUUGAAUGUUAAUGGUGAAAAAGCAAAUUUAUCAGCAAAAUCUUAUUCAAAUAAAUACCAUUAGUGAUGGUGAUGCAUUUACAGUGGAGGGAGGAGACACUUGUCAAUCUCAAGAGCUCAAUGCUCAUACAGAAUUAUUGUAAAGCUUGUGGAAAAUUUGCACUAAUCCAAUUUUAUAACAUCAGUGGUCUUGUUCAGACCUGGUAUUAACAUCCUUCUUGGGUGAUGGGAUCACCAGCGGGCGGCUGUAAGUACACGUGUGAAUGCAGCCAAGGCGUUUUACGCAUACAUUUGCGAUUCCGAUCACUCAGACCAAAUUCAGACAGUUUCACAAUGGACCAAAAAUAUUUUUUUACACUUCUCACUUCUCGGAUGUAUCAGCCAAGACCCAUGUUAAUGCCAGGUACGAACUGGACCAGGGGAAAAGAAAAGGCAUUUCAGGAACAAGGCCAUUAUCACACUGGCUCUGUGCCUCAUGUAUGUAGCUGUAUGUACAGUUUAUACAGGAAUUAUAGUAGCUGAGCAGUUGACACAACCUCUUUAAGAGUUAAUGUCUGGUGUCUUAACCAUUAUCUGGUCUAAAUGGGUAGGGGAGAUGAUUGGGAAUGGUAACCUCCCUAUUCAGCCUAAUUUGUGAAUAUUUGAAUGCCCUCAAUUUGAAUCACUGCCCCCAUGCAUGCAGUCCUGUGUAUUUUCCUAACAGUCUCGGAUGCAAUGUGAUUGGAUGCCUGCUGCUCCUAAAGUGUCCUAAAGCCUCAACAGGAGAGCACCACUUCACAGAAGGGGACCACGACGUCAACUUGACAUGAAGAAGAGCGCUUUCGUGUUUUUCACCCUCACAGGUCUCUUCAAGGUGGUCCUCUGUGCCCAAUUUGGGUUGAAUGUUCAUGUCCCCACAAAGAUGACUUGGUCAAAAGCCAGAGACUAUUGCAGAGAGCAUCACACCGAUCUGUCUUCAAUCAACAGCCAGGAGGAAUAUGAAGAACUCUUCACAAGCGCGGGAACACAACUGCAACUUAGUGCCUGGAUUGGUCUCUACAGAGAUGCCAAAGGAACUUGGAAGUGGUCGGGAGGGGGAGCUGCAUCGUACCUCAACUUCACGUUGGAUGGAGCAAGUAAAGAUGACAACUGUGUGGCACUGGCAAAAAAAAUUGACGACAAGCCAGCAAUGAACUGUGAGAUGAAUUCAUUGCGGUUCUACUGUUUUCAGAGCAGCUUGGUUUUGGUGAAGGAAAAUAAGACAUGGGAGGAGGCGAUGGAACAUUGUCGCCGACAGGACAGUAACCUGGUCAGCCUGACCUCUGGAUCUGCUCUGACUAAAACCCUGCAGACCAUCAGGAGGGCACAGACCGACCACGUGUGGACCGGCCUGCGCUACCUGGCUGGCAGCUGGCUGUGGGUGGCCGGGGACAAGGUGACGUACCAGGCCUGGAGCCAAGGGGAGACACCACAGUGCCCCAACAUGGUACGCCACUGUGGGGCCCUCUCAGUGGAGGAGGAGCAUUGGGUCGGUCAUGACUGCACAAGCAAAUUAAACUUUGUUUGCCAUUAAAAUACUUUAUAUGUCCUGAAGCAUACUGUACACACAUACAUAUGCAUGACAGUCAAUACUAUAUAUUUUAACAAGCAUGUACUAUGAUAAAUGCUUGAGCUAAUACUGAUAUAUGUCCAUGUCUUUACAAGCACAUUGAGAGAUCAGAUGAUUGUGAUGUGGGUUUGAUUCAACUGUAAUGUAAGUGUGCAUACCAGUGGUGAAUUAUUCCAUAGAAAUUAUGUAAUAGUCUUAUUCUGGGCCACUUCCUGCUAAUCACUCAUUUGAUGUACAUAUCUA